AUGCUUGACUUGAUGAAUAGCACGUACGUCCUGUUAAAUUUGAGUUCCUCAUAUCUCCCACAUUCACCGCCAAACUAUCCAUCUGAUGAUGAUUCUGCUAGCUGGGAACUCGGGUUAGCUUCGAUAUCCCUUCUGGAACUCGAGGAAGCAGAUCUCUCCGUAUUCGGCCGCGACCCGUUCAAUACCACGCACACUCAGACCCGUAACUUGUCUCCAAACUCUACUGUAGUCCAGAUUGCCAAUGCCGUCAUGUCGAGCAGACCACCGAGUAUACAGCCUCUCGCAGCGGAUGGAUCCGCCGGUGAUCCAGCGAGCCUGGGAGUGGCGGUCAUGCUAGCUUCCCGCGCGCGGCGAAACGAUCCAGAAUACGCCCAGGCAGCAGCAGCACAGCUCCAUUUCUUGCUAGAGGAGGCACCACGAGCGCCGAGUGGGGCAAUCAGCACGCGUGCAGAUCAAGUCCAGCUGUGGAGCGACUUUGUGUACAUGGCUCUACCUUUUAUUGCCUUCCACGGUGCCAUGAACGAAAACGUGACCGAGCUGCAAGAGGCGAAGCGACAGGCAGGAUUCUACCGUGAUGCACUUCGGGACUCGGAGACAAAAUUAUGGAGACAUAUAGUUCUUGGUAGCUGGAACGAUACAUCAUUUUGGGGCACAGGCAAGUAA